UCUGCGCAGCGCCGCGCCACGCCGCACGUGUGCGAGCCCGGCGGCUGGUGGGAGAUCUUGUACGUGUCGGUUUCCUCGCGGUGUACCCUAUGUAGGUUGGCGCUGGCCGCUGUCUCCUCCGAGUGGCCGCCGCCCUUCUGCGUCCCGAGCCCAGCGCCUUCUUCCGCGCUUAGCCGGCGCCCGCAGGCUCCGGGUCCUCUUAAAUGUUUUUUUUGGAGCCUUAAAGAUGGAAAUGACAAGCAUGUCCCUGAAACGUGGGUGCCUUGUUGUGGAAGAUAAUGAUGGCGUGGCCCUGCAGGAGGAGACAAAGAAACAGAAGGUCUCAGAGUGCUAUCUGACCAACAGUCAGGAUGGGGUAGAAAAUGACGGUCUACACAGCAGUGAGGAUGAGCCUGGACCUCCAGAAGUUGAAGGUGCCAAGAAAGAUGAAAAGAAUUCCAGUGCUCAGGUGCGAGAGGAGGAAGAGGAGGAAGAUGGUCUUUCAGAGACAGGGGAAGAGGAGGAGCCCGAGAGUUUUGCAGAUAUGAUGAAGCAUGGGCUCACAGAACUUGAUGUAGGCAUCACGAAGUUUGUGAGCCCUCAUGAGGGCUUCUCAGGGAUCUUAAAAGAAAGAUAUUCUGACUUUGUUGUUCAUGAAAUUGGAAAAGAUGGACGGAUCAGCCAUUUGGAUGACUUAUCUGUUCCAAUGGACAAGGAGGACCCUCCAGAAGAAGCGCUCACUGUUUUGACAGCUGAGGACAAGCAGCAGUUGGAGGAGCUCCAGCUUUUCAAAAAUAAAGAAACCAGUGUUGCCAUUGAGGUCAUUGAGGACACCAAAGAAAAAAGAACCAUCAUGCAUCAAGCUAUUAAAUCUCUCUUCCCAGGAUUAGAGACAAAAACAGAGGAUAGAGAAGGCAGGAAAUACAUCGUAGCCUACCAUGCAGCUGGCAAAAAGGCUUUGGCAAAGGUCAGAACUGCAGCAGAUCCAAGAAAACAUUCUUGGCCAAAAUCUCGGGGAAGCUACUGCCACUUUGUUCUAUACAAGGAAAACAAAGACACCAUGGAUGCCAUCAAUGUAUUGUCCAAAUAUUUACGGGUAAAACCAAACAUAUUCUCAUAUAUGGGAACCAAAGACAAAAGGGCCAUCACAGUGCAGGAGAUUGCUGUCCUCAAAAUAAGUGCACAAAGACUCGCCCACCUGAAUAAGUGCUUGAUGAACUUCAAGUUGGGUAAUUUCAGCUAUCAGAAAACUCCUCUGAAAUUGGGAGAGCUUCAAGGAAAUCACUUCACUGUUGUUCUCAGGAAUAUAACAGGAACUGAUGAGCAAGUACAGCAGGCCAUGCAAUCUCUGAAGGAGACUGGCUUCAUUAACUACUAUGGCAUGCAAAGAUUUGGGACCACAGCUGUCCCUACGUACCAAGUUGGAAGAGCUAUUCUGCAGAAUUCCUGGACAGAAGUCAUGGAUUUAAUACUGAAGCCCCGUUCUGGAGCUGAAAAGGGGUACUUGGUGAAAUGCAGAGAAGAAUGGGCCAAGACCAAAGAUCCAGCCUCUGCCCUCAAAAAACUACCUGUCAAAAGGUGUGUGGAAGGUCAGCUGCUUCGAGGACUUUCAAAAUAUGGAAUGAAGAAUAUAGUCUCUGCAUUUGGCAUAAUACCAAGAAAUAAUCGCUUAAUGUAUAUCCAUAGUUAUCAAAGCUAUGUGUGGAAUAACAUGGUGAGCAAAAGGAUAGAAGACUACGGGCUGAAACCUGUCCCAGGGGACCUUGUUCUCAAAGGAGCCACAGCCACCUACAUUGAGGAAGAGGAUGUUAAUAAUUACUCCAUUCAUGAUGUGGUGAUGCCCCUGCCUGGUUUUGAUGUUAUCUACCCCAAACAUAAAAUUAGUGAAGCCUACAGGGAAAUGCUCACUGCAGACAAUCUUGAUAUUGACAACAUGAGACACACAAUUCGAGAUUACUCCUUAUCAGGUGCCUAUCGAAAGAUCAUUAUUCGGCCUCAGAAUGUCAGCUGGGAAGUCGUUGCAUAUAAUGAUCCUAAAAUUCCACUUUUCAACACGGAUGUGGACAAUCUAGAAGGAAAACCACCACCAAUUUUUGCUUCUGAAGGCAAAUAUAGGGCUCUGAAGAUGGACUUUUCUCUUCCUCCAUCUACUUACGCCACCAUGGCCAUUCGAGAAGUGCUAAAAAUGGACACCAGCAUCAAGAAGCAGACCCAGCUGAAUACAAACUGGCUGCGAUGAGUAGUGCAUUCUUCAGAGAGGAGACACAGACAAGUACCCGCUCGAUGACCUCCUGUUCUUUUCUUUUUUAAUUGCUGACUCAUAUUUGAUUUUUAAAACUUUUAUAGUAAAAGAUUAUUUGUAUUUUUUAAAGUUUUUAUCAGCUUAAAGAAAUUUACAAUGUUUGUACACAUAUACAAAUCCUGAGGAUCCUAAUUAUAGCUCAGAAGAUAUAAAUUGGUCAGGAUAUACUUUAGGUGCUUAAAUCUUAGUACAGCAUCAGCUUUUUGGCUUUAUAAUAAUAAAGGGGACUUUGGUUUAAAGGAGCAGUUUUAGGCUUUGCUGCGCUCCUGAAGUACAAACACCGGGAAUUUUUAUAAGUCCAUGAUGGGAAUACACAGUGAUUCGUCUCAAGAGCAAAUGCAGCAAACAGAUCUUGACUAUGGAAAUUAGAGUACAUACUUAACACACUGUACUCAUGUUGGUUCAAAGGUUUAUAAACACAACAUGGUUUUCAUGGUGCAGCUGUGUGUUGGAUUCAAGUAAGCAGUUAUAGAUGUCUUAGCUUGCAGUGGCUUUCCUGUUUAUAGUAUCAGCGUCUUUCAGGUGAACUUUUCCUUGAUAUAAGUACAUAGUUUUUAUUGGUAAAGGUCUAAUUUUGCUCUAGGUGCCUUUUACUUUCAGGACUCUUUCCACUGGACUCAAAAGUAAACAGUGAUCAAAAAGAAAAUGUGGAAAACUUACAAGGGCUCCUUCUAUGCUAACCUGUCACCAGCUGCUCAAGCAUUUCCAUCAUGGGCGCCGCAAAAAAAACUUUCUCUGAAAGGAUGGAUAUGCCUUUCCCAAGUUGUGUAACAUGACUCUACUAAUUUUAUUUUCUAUUAUUUCUAGAAACAAAUAUUUUUAAGAACUCCUUUCUACUAAUUAUGUAAAUAAAUCAAAUAAAUAUUCUAAAACUGAA